CAUUUUCCAAUGGAACGACAAAGGAAUGAAUUCUUUUUUUUUUUUAAAAGAACGAGGAACGGAACGAAUUCCUUUUUAUAAGGCACUUGACAAACACUGCUCUAGGUCAACAUCAGGUACUCUGAUACGUACUGUAUCACCAUGUUUGGUUGGAGUAAACUUUUGUCUCAAUGAACGUAGCAUUAUUUUAGUUUGUAAUUCAAGACUCGAGUGCUAUUUUUGUGCUUGUUAUAUAUUUAAUCAUAAGAUUUUUCACGUUAGGUUCGGUUAGGUACUAGCUUAUACUAGCUUAUAGAAGCUAAUAAUCUAUCACAAGUCUCUCUAACAUCCAUAGAUAUGAACAUUGAUAAGCAACAGCUGAACAAAUUCUAAUUAUCAUAAUAAAGUAUUAUGAAAACCAAAGUAACAUUCACGAAAACUCAAUUGUAAAUGUCGACACUCACUGAUAAUCGUUUUGAAUUUUGAAAUUUAUCGGUGACUGUUUGUAUAAUUUGAUAUUCAUUCAGAAUGUCCAAAUGACAAUAUUCAUCUUAACAUACACAUGACAAAAAAUUGUUUGUUCUUAAUUUCUCAAUAAUAUCUUUGUCUUAACUAUAAUUUUUAAACACAUUAAAUUGAAAUUCACUGAUAUCAUUUAAAUAUUUUUUUUAGAUCGCUGGGUUGAUUUCAAAUAUUUGUGCAUGCGUUGCGUUUUAUGAAUACAUUUUACUUAUAUCAUACAUAAAGUGGAUGGUGUACAUAAUAAAUGAACAAAUUCCGAAAAAUAUAUCAACCAUUGGUACCUUCAGGGACUUGUAUUUGGAAGUUAUAGAAUGUUUAAACGAUAUAAAUUCAUCAAUAUACGGUUUGCCGGCCAUAGUGAGUUAUAUUGCAGCUAAUGUUGGUAUCAUCUUCGUACUAUUGUUCUAUAAAGUUAUAUUUGCUGAAAACUACGACGCUAGAAAUGUUGGUCUUGUAACCACCGAAAUUGUAACAAUAACUAUAAGGACAAUCAGUAUUAUACUUGUAUAUGGAAUUGGUCACGCCACGGAAAAAGAGAUAAAUCGAAUGAGUCUUGUUUUACAUCAACGGUCCAUAAUAGAAAGAAACCCUAGAAUAAAACGUCAGAUCAAAUUUUUUAUCCUACGAAGAUGUCAUGAGCACUUUCAUUUUAAGUUGUAUGGAAUAUUGGAGAUUAAUCCAACACAACUACUUAUUUUAUCAAACAAAGCAUUUGCUUACUUAGUUAUUCAAAUUCUGUUCAAAUUGAAUAAAAAUAAAAAUCAGUAAUUAAAACGUCAGGUAUAAUUCAUUAUCUUUAUUAUUUUUGUAAUACUAUAUAGGUACUAUUAAGUUUCAAACUAUACUUAUUUAAUUGGCUAUGUCAUGUAUUAAAUUAUUUAUUUAUGUGAUAUAAUUAUUUUUAUUACUAUUUAGAUCAAUUUUUUUAUCCUACGGAGAUGUCACGAGCACUUUAAUUUUAAGUUGUACGGAAUAUUGGAGAUUAAUCCAACGCAACUACUUAUUUUAUAAAACAUAGCAUUUGCUUACUUAGUUAUUCAAAUUCUGUUUGAAUUGAAUAAAAAUAAAAAUCAAUAAUUAAAUGGCAUUGUAAUAUAAUAUAUUUCUAAUCAAAUAAAAACACGGGAUAACAAUUAAUGACGACGGGCCAUACGGGAUAAGAGAUGAUUCAAUAUACAUAUACAUUAUACAUACAUAUCAGACGUUUAUAUACGCAUUCCUUAUACACUACACGUGACACAUGGAACACAUAAAUUUUAAUCCACAGCCUUCCGAAUAGAAGCCCUGUAAAAACAACACAAUAAAUUACCAGCCAAACUUUUGUCACACCGCACAAAAUAAAAUCAUAAACACGUCAUAACUCAUCAAUACUUUAACUUUGCGUUUAAGCGACACACAUCGAAAGACGAAGAUGAAGGAAAUUCCACCAAAAUUGUCUUAUAUAUAUAAAGAUAUGUGACAAAAUCGACAUAGACUCCACUCCCUCGGUAAGAAACUUUAUGAUCCAAAGUCCAUUCCAGUAACAAUAUAUUUUUGGCAUUUAAACAAAUGCAUUCACACUUGUACCAAUGUACGAGUGUAGUGGGUCAUUCGAACAUCCAGUAUGAUAUUUUGAUUACUUAUCUUGUACUACUGACCAAAUCAAAUUGUUAAUUAUUUCAUUCCACGUAACAUAAGAUUGUUUACCAUGUAUAUUACAAAUUAGUCGUAACAUUACAUAGAAGUAGUUCACAGAUUAGAUUAUGUUAGAAUUAUAGUUAUUAAUUUCAAUAAGAUGAGCUUUAUGGUGACUACAAAGUACAAAAUUAAUAAUCUCUAAAAACUAAUUAUAAACAGGUAGAAGUACAUUAGAAUAUUAUUUCGAAUACUCUACACUCUACAGGUUACAUUACGUUCGAAUAGUUAUCACUUAUCAGUGUCCGUAAGAGGAGCUAUAUGGUGACCACGAACGUAAUCGUCUCUAAAGAAUAACAAUAUCUAGGCAAAAAUAUCAUAUACCAUAAUAAUUUGAACCAUAUGUAUCAAUUUUAGUACUUUGAAAUAAUUUAGAUUAUGUUCGAAUCAUAUCAAUAUCAUAGAUAAAAUUCAAAAGAAAAAUAUCUUUUAUAAUAUAUCGGUGUUAAAUAUAUAAAUGAAAACACGUAGGUAAUAAUAUAAUAUGUAUAUACGUCGUAGUUACUUCGAGCAUCGAACUUAAUCCCUUAUUCACCAAUACAACUACAUACUCAGAUGAGUGAAUUAUAAUUUAUCAUAUUAUGUUUUAGAUUCUGAGUGGAACGAUAAAUGUAUUGGUUUAACAUUAAUGUGUGUUUUUUUUUGUUUUGUGCCUGUGUA